UGACCACGGUUCUUCGUUCCCAGGGUUCCGUGAGAGCCGUUUGCCCCACCCCGCCUCUACAACGCUAUCUAUCUCAAUGUUCAAUUCUCAGAGAAAAAAAAAGGUGGGCAAAAAUAAUUCAGGGUAACACAGCAAAGAAACGAGUCUCACCUCCCCGACCGGUUCAUCGGAGCAACCGCGGCCUGUCGGCGGUUAAAAAUGACAGCGUCGCCGUUGGACCAGUGAUUGAAAACACCGCGGUAUGUUCAUGUAUCAUGCACAUGUAACCAUAAUCUACCAUACGGAUUCAAAGGGAAUACAAAAAUCCGAGAGACUUGACAGCGCCUUGUACCUGCGCCAAACGGGAAAAUAACGGAGGAUUUUCCACGAAUAUCACCUGGAUAUCGCGCUAUAUUCAAGGACAUCCAGCUGCCAAACACCGCCUUAGCUCGGCCCCGGAGAAGCUUUCUGAUGUGAGGAGAAAUAUAAAUUGACGUUACGGAGAGAAAAAGGACGGAGAAGGGGCCUUGUUUCUUUCCCCCCUUUUUUUUCUUUUCUUUUUUCCUUUUUUCUUUUCUUUGGGGGGUGGGGGGGUUCUCGUGAAACCUCAGGAAAAAAAAGCCAAGCACCAGCAUCUACUUACGGGGGAGAGGAAAUAAUUUGGACAUCGGCUAAAAACGGGAUCUUAUUGAUAAGGCUCCUAUAUAUAAUGUGACUGUUGUGGUGGAGACAGAAGCCCGGGUUGUAGCCUGAUGAUUCACAUGCCGUCAUUUUAAGAGGAAAUAUUAAUUUUUUAAUUUCUCCCCAUCCGCCCUGUUAAUGUGCUUUUUUUCCUGGCCAGCCUGAGAUAGGAUUUCAAAUAAUAACCUGAAAUUAUAUUUAAAGGGAGAGUCGAUGGAAAAAAAGAAAACGGGGCUCUUUUUGGUUGUGAGUGGAAAUGAAUUGAACGGCAGAGUAGUGAGGCAUCUGCCAAAGAUGGGCUCCGGAGGAGACAUUUGCUGAGGAAGAUUUAACAUCAAAGCUUGAGAAAAUAUACAUACGUGUAUAUUUAAAACAAAGGAGGAAAAGAAGGGGGGGUAAAAAAAAAUACACCUUUAAGGAAUCUGGACCCCACCACCAGCACCAUCGCCAUCCCUAGACACUCAUUCAUGUGCAGCCAGAAGCUGGAAAUUUUACAUCCACUCUCAUAUCAAUGUUGAUGACUUCAUUGCGGAUUUACAGUGGGGGAAAAAACUACAGGAAUCAAGCAUCUGAGAAGGGCGGCAUCGUAGCUCUGCUCCUUUCUGACUGAUCUGUUGCUGAUAAAUUGCCAGUAAAUAUCCACACCCCCCACCCCAUCCCCUCCUCCACACAUACACAUUUUGCCAAAGCCUGGUGAAGCUCACUGUCUACUACCUGGCGUCUACUUCUUCUGCAUCUGGCAAGAUACAUGUCACCCAUUUGGAGCCAGGUGUUCCUCUCUUGGGCCAGUCUAGGAAUUUGGGAUUGAUUUAAAAAAAGAUCCUCUCUUUUCUGACCAUCACCCUCUUCUUUCACCCACCUACCCCAACCAUAUCAACCGCCCUGCCUCCAAACCCUGAACCUGCAACUGGGUUUUUGGGAAGAUGGGCUGCCUUGGCAAUAGUAAGACUGAAGACCAACGAAAUGAGGAGAAGGCACAGAGGGAAGCCAACAAAAAGAUUGAGAAGCAGCUCCAAAAAGACAAACAGAUAUACCGGGCAACUCACCGGCUACUGCUGUUGGGGGCUGGUGAAUCCGGGAAAAGUACGAUAGUCAAACAGAUGCGAAUAUUGCACGUUAAUGGCUUCAACGCAGAGGAGAAAAAACAGAAAAUUCAUGAUAUUAAAAACAACAUUAAAGAAGCUAUAGAGACGAUUGUGGCGGCCAUGAAUACGCUCACACCUCCUUGCCAGUUAGCCUGUCCUGAGAACCAGUCUCGGAUUGAUUAUGUCCUGAACCUAGUAAACCAGAAGGAUUUUGAUUUUCCUACAGAGUUUUAUGACCACGCAAAGAUCCUCUGGCAGGAUGAAGGUGUGCGGGCAUGCUGGGAAAGGUCCAACGAAUAUCAACUCAUCGACUGCGCACAAUACUUCCUAGACCGGAUUGAUGUGGUCAGGCAGAACGACUACACACCCACUGAUCAGGACCUGCUAAGAUGCAGAGUACUGACAUCUGGGAUCUUCGAGACAAGAUUUCAAAUAGACAAAGUUAAUUUCCAUAUGUUCGACGUUGGAGGUCAGAGGGAUGAACGGCGAAAGUGGAUCCAGUGUUUUAAUGAUGUGACAGCUAUCAUCUUUGUGGUGGCGAGUAGCAGCUACAACAUGGUGAUCAGAGAAGAUAAUCAGACUAACAGACUACAGGAAGCCCUCAAUCUUUUCAAGAACAUUUGGAACAACAGGUGGCUACGGACCAUUUCUGUAAUCCUCUUCCUGAACAAACAGGACCUGCUUGCUGAGAAGGUUUUGGCAGGAAAAUCUAAAAUUGAGGAGUAUUUCCCAGAGUUUGCACGCUACACUACGCCUGAUGAUGCAAUACCAGAGCCAGGUGAAGAUCCCCGUGUUACCAGGGCAAAGUACUUCAUACGGGAUGAAUUUCUGAGGAUCAGCACAGCCAGCGGAGACGGGCGGCAUUACUGUUAUCCCCACUUCACCUGUGCGGUUGACACAGAAAACAUCCGCCGCGUCUUCAAUGACUGUCGCGACAUCAUACAGAGGAUGCACCUACGGCAGUAUGAGCUCUUGUGAUUGGCAGCGGCGUCCAAUCUUACCUAACUACCUAUCAUCAUACCUAGCUAAACACCCCCUCCCGACCAGUUAGCCAAUCACUCAUCCACUUCCACCAACUUCACCUAACAUCUGAGCAAGCAACUGAGCGCCUUGCCCUCCCCUCCACUCCGAUACAGCUUCUCUCGAUAAACACAACUGCAGAAAAGCUGAACAGCGGAAAGACUCUUUUCAAAACAAAGGAAACGUUGUUACAGAUACACCACAUCAUCAACUAUCAGCCUGGACUGACUGCUGUACUCAGCCACACUUUGACCCAGGAAAGAGGGUCAGGACUGGAAUCCCUGAGUGUAGGCGAACUCUCCUUUUAGCUCUCUCUCAGUUAAAUGAACACACAUGCUCACAGGUACACAAACACACACAGAUAUGAGAGACGACUUCAGAUAGGUUUUAAUACAGCAGUAAGACGCAUACACUCUCACAGAGCCUUUCAAAAGUCAAGUUCUACUGCUUUCCAAAGUCGGCAGAGGCUAAAUUGAAUAAUGCCUUCUGAGAGGGACGAGUUUAUUCACCUAGUGCUGAACACGAAGGAAGGGAACGGCGGACAGCGAGGGUGGCAAAAUGAUACAGAGGAGGGCUGUUUUGUGCCCAGAGAUGGACAGAUGGACUAAUUGACUAAUGGCUGCCUGCGGACGUGAGCGUGACUCUAACAGAAGACCACACGGCUCUUCAAGAAUCCAACCAAGGAGGGAUGCAGAAAACAACAACAGAAAAAAAGAAAAAAAAAUAAACAAGAUGAAUAUCAUACAAUGCAUAAACUCAUGCAUACCAGUGAACUUCAUGCAGUGCAAAAAAUCCAAGCUAUAUAUAUAGAUAUUUAUAUAUGUGUGUAUAUAAAUAUGUAUAUAUAUAUAUAUAAAUAUAUAAAUAUAAAUAUUAUAUAUUCCUGUAAUAACGCAAUUCAACUUUUAAGUUUUUGUUAGUUUUUACCCCAUGUUGUGUGUGGGUGUACACUGUGUGUGUGAGAUCUGCCUUUGUGCACCAUUUAAACCUCCAACAGCCACACACACACAUACACACAUAUAUAAAAUAUAUACAUCCUCGCCCCCUUUGCUCCUGCUGCUAUUUGACAACUAUUGAAUAUGUGGAAUUUUUAUUUAACAAGGAAAGCAUGACGACGCAAAAGGAACGUACGAAGUUGAAGAAACGACUCGUCGGGGCUGGAUGCGACAUUCUGACCUGGCAGCACACACGGACACACUAACACACACACCCGUGCACAUGCACUCACAGGCCUCCUUGUCCACACUAUGACCCACCUCCACACCGUUUACCUUUCGUCUUGUUCUCUCACUUCUCCCAUUCCCACCUCCUCCCUUCCUGGCUUUAAGUACGUCUGUCUUUAUUUUACUGCUGGACUAUUAUUCCUGUACAGACUGUAAAAUGUAUUAUUUUGUACAACUUUAUUGAAAAAAAAAAAAAAAAACUUGUAGAAGAUCCCUGUGCCUUGAUCACGACUGUACGUGUAAAAAUGAGCUAAUAUGUAAGUUAUGUUUCACUGCGCUGUACAGCUGGACGGGUCUGUCCCACCUCGUCCGGGCUAGCUCACCCCUCCCGCUGGGGAGGGUGGUUGUGGGGUGGAGGGGGAGGGGGAACGGGCAUCGGAUCGGGCGGAGGCCUUUCGUCUGUUGCUUAGUUUCCAUUUUAUUCCCACAUUUGUUUGUUCGUUGAUUCAUUUGUUUUGUUUUGACUCUCCUCUGGUUUAUAUGAUAGCGUUGGAAAAAAGAAAAAUGAAGGAAAAAAGAUAAUAAGACACACCACUUUAAUGCUGUGUAGUGAACGAUACUGAAUCCUAACACAAUUUUAUAUAUAUAUAUAAAAUAUAUGUCAGAUUUUAUAUUUUAUAUAUAUGUACUGUACACUUACCUCCCCAUCACCCUUGUGAGCUGUCGCCCGGGUUUCCUUUGCUUUCUGUCCGUAACCUGCAAAUAUUUUCAGGUGGUGGCAAUUCUGGGUGCAGCGGGGUGGGUGUUCAUUUCUCUUUUUUUUAUUUUUAGCUUUAACUCUUUUGGAGAGGAGGGAAAUAUCCAGUUGCAAAACAUUGCUUGUUUCUACAUAAACCAAAUUCUUUUUGCUCAAACAAGAGGAAACGGUUGUUUUAGUCUUUGGUUUGUUCUUAGAAAUCGGUAUAUUAGAUCAACAUUACACGAGCUGAAGCAGUCGCUGUCUAACACCUCAGCCACGCAGUGAAUCCAGUCCUUAAUGAUUAGUGGGGGGAUUCAUAUUUUAUUAACCUUAUUUUCUUUUCUUUUUUUUUUUAUCACAAGUGGUAACUGUUCAGAGUAUAUCAUGUUUUAUUCAUAUAGAGAAAGAACAAAGAGUGCAUAACAAAUUAAAAAAUAAAAACAAAGUCACAUAUACA